CUCAUUUAACCUGAGAGACAUGAAACUCUGACAUUUCUGAUCAAGACAACUGAGUUACACGAAGACAGGUUGAGUACAUGGACUCUCACACGCUAAAGAAUUACCUUCCACUAUACCUCAUGGAAACUUGCUGCCGUUCACUACAUGGAUUUGUUGUUGUGUUUCUGUUCUUUACGUCAGUCAGCAAAGGGUCAACAUGUGAGGCUCCUUCCAGUCCUCAGUGCUUCCGAAGAAAAGCUGACGAGUCUAUUUACAUAUGUGAAUGGACAAUGAGUAGGACUGGGAGCGAUGUGACGUUUGACCUCUACUUUAAUCAAAGCUCUACAUAUUCAUCCAAUGAAAAAAAAUUUGGGGGCUUUAAGGAGACCAGUGCUCAGAUCAACGAGGAAGUGCUUAUCAAGCAUCGUCCAAUCGACAUUUGGGUAGUAGCUCACGAAGGAAAGUCCAGCUGCACGUCAGCCAGGAGGUCUGUUGAACUUCGGCAGACAGUUAAAUAUGAGGCACCACAAAACAUUUCCAUAUCCUGGGCAAAAAACAACCUCAGCUUGAGCUGGAGAGCAAUUGAGAAGCAUCCAGCUUUAGCCGAGAUCCGGUUCCAACGAGUUGAACAUCCCACAGAAUCAUGGGAGAACAGGACAAUAAAUACCACCAUGGACAGCUCAGUGUACCAGCUCACUGUUGUGAAUCUGUUGAAGGAUACAGCUUACCGGGUUCAAAUCAGACAUCGGUCCAAUUUGGCCCGUAACCCACUGUGGAGCGACUGGACUCCAGUUGUGAUUGUUCCUGCAGAGCUGGAGCAAAAACCUGAAGUCACCAUGACAACAAGACUUACAAAUGGCACUCGAAAGGUGAUACUAACGUGGAAGCCGAUGCCACAUGCAGCAGCAGUCACAGAAGUAAAAUACCUUCUGACGGAUACACAGUCCUUACACGGAUGUCCUUGUAUGAGAAGGACAUCUGAAAUCAACUCAAAUAAGCACACUACUUAUGUCUCGUAUUCUGCAGUCAACAUCACUGUUAUGGCCAAAAAUGCAGCAGGGUUUUCUCCUCCAGAAAUCAUACAAGUAUCUGCCAAACCUGAUGUGGAUUUAAAAGCUUGUGACAAAUUGGUACUGGAUGAUAAAACAUUAAAAAAAAAGAAAACUUGCCAUGAGUUGUACAAACUUCAAGAUGGAGAUUCAAGGCCAGAAAAUGUGAUCACUCUGACGGCAAGGAUGAAAAAAAAAGAAAGGGAGGAAAUACGAAAGACCAUUCAGGAUUAUGUCCGCUACCUUUACUUUGAGCACAUAUGUGAUGACAGGAAGCCACGGACAAUUAAAAUGUGCCUCUUUUAUCAAAAAGAGGGCGUUCCACUCAGCGAACCUCAGCACUUCACUCCUUUUGAAACACAGACUUCUGUCAGCCUGUCUUGGAAAUGGAUUCCCUCUGUGGCCCAGCAAAGUUUUCUCACACACUACAGCCUCUGCAUUGUGAAAAUCAGCUCACAGGAUGAGCCAACUGAGUGCCACAAUGUAUCAGCCUCACUGACAAAAUACCAUCUGGAAAACUUGACACCGGGAGCGAAAUACAACAUCAGCCUGGCUGGAGUAUCACGAAUAGGAGAGGGACCUAGAGCCACAGUAACCAUCAACACACUGCCAGAGAAGCCUGCCAGUGUGUUGUGGAGUCUCAGCUUGCUGAUUUUGUUCUUUUUAAUCUCAACAGUGUGCACCUGUAUCUUGAAGAGAAUCAAAGACAAGGUCUUCCCUCCUGUGCCAACACCUGUUAUUCCAGAUUUUACCCCUUAUCAGCCAGAGACUCAGGAGAUGCUGGAGGGAAAGGAAGAGGUGCAUGAACUGACGCUGUGCCAGCUACGUCCAGAGGGCAAGUGUGUCAUUGAGGACGCAGAGGAGACUAUUAUCUUUCGAAGAGACUGGGAUGAUGACAUUGACGAGGACCUGGAAAAUGAGCGGGGUGAUUCAAGGAUGUCAGGAGGAACCAGUGACAAUUGUUUGGGUCCCGGCUCUACAGAUCAGGCACUGAGGAGCUGCAGAGAAGGAGAAAUGACAGAUCUGGACAAUGAAAUCUCCAUGCUGAUAUACAGGAAUGGUUUGGUCUUUGAUGUGAAGGUGGACUCGCCUUGAAAUGGAUUUGACUGUUUCACAGCACAAAAUUACACAAAUACAUAAGGUUAAAUUUUUGUUGACUUAAAGACUGGAUGGUAAUUUUCUUGACGUCUGGGAAAAGGUUUUGAGUGAAACCAGUGAAACAGGUGAAUACCAAAUGGUCACAUGUGUGUACUGUUGAUGAAAAAUCAGUUAAUCUGCAGACUAACUCAGUUUUUUAGAUUGCAAUAAAGACUUAAUCCG